CUGUUUCGCUAUCAAUUUUUUGUGACAAAACCAAAAGUUAAGUAAAGUGUAAUGCGGAAUUAGAAGACCUGUGCCCAAAAACGGAAGACCGGCACCCGGAAUCCGGCACCUGGAACACGGAACCAGGAACCGGACCCUAUGAUGAGCGAUGCGGCUUAUCCGGCAAUUUAUGGCAGCCAGGUGAGCCACCAGCUGCACAUGCUCCCGCUGUCGCAUCCGCAUCCUCCUCAUACGCACCUGGAUCUCUCGCUCUCAACGCCGGUUCACUCCAUUGAGCAGGAUUCUAACUUUGGUGGCUUCUUUGACGACGAACUGGUCAUCGGAUCGGGAUCUGCUUCAAAUGCCACCACAUCUGGAGCUCCUGUAUGGCUGCCCGAUAGCGGAGUACUGUCUCCGGAUCCAUCGGGAGAGGUGCUGCCCAAUCAGGCCAUUCCGUUUGUCCAGAUCCACACAACGGAUUUGCAACAGCCGGAGAAAAGCUUCCGCAAUGGCUUUCGCCGGCGCACCGCAGAAAUUAAGUCGGAGGCCGAGCUGAUCAAGCUGGAACUGGCGGAGGCGGCGGCUAAGGAGCGUCUUAAUGCCACGCCUACACCACCCACUCGCAAUUCUAGCUGUGCCAGCGUUGAGGGCAAGGCGCUGGCUCAGGAUGGUCCGCCUUUAAUCUUGCGGUGCCCGAACUGCCCGUUUUUGAGCCUAAGCCAAGUGCGUCACCAACAACAUCUUCAACUGGCCAACUGCUACAUGAAGCAGCAAAGGCUACAGUGUCCAGGCUGCUCGAACAUCUUCUACAGCAACGAUGCGCUCAGUUUGCAUCUCACCUUGGAUCACCAAAUGGAGGACAAUGAGGCAAUGAUUCUGGUGAGCGGAAAACCCACCGAAGCACAGACCAAAAAGCAGCCACAGAUGCCCAACCAAAACCAACCUAAGAGUCGCAUCUUCAUAAAGAGCGUGGAUUGUAUGCGAGAGCCACUGCCGGAUUUCCCGCCUUUAAUGCCGGAUAGCGGCUCGACGGGAAACAUCCUGGACCUUCUGGAAGAAGUGGCAGUUGGUGCAUCUCCUAGCGAACAGACCAUGCCGUCAGCACCUGCUGCUAAUGUAUCCGCCCAGCUCCCAAAACCUAGCCAAAAGAUUUCAAUCAAAAGCGUGGAUGUGCUUAGGGAGCCCGUCCUGCUGCCCUUCGACUUCCAGCUGCAGAAUCAUCCGCUCAUUACGGACAACAGUCUCCUGGAUGUCCCUGUGGUGGGCGUGGAGCCAGAGAAACCGCGACAGCCGAAGAUAUACAUCCGAAAUGUAGACAUCCUCAAGGAACCGAUGGUUCUACCGUCUGCUCUGCCCGGGAUGGGAUUCAAUGGAAGUAUGCCGUCGGCAGUGGACCCCGGUCAAGCUGGACUGUCUGUCGGAGAAAAUGGUGACGUUUUCCAAUCGGACGCACUACUCACAACCUCGUGCCCUCUGCCAGGAUUCGAGCCCAGCCUCGCUCCGCUGGCUCAAAUGUGUUCCGAGGCCUUUCCUUUUGACUCGGUGCUGAAUGGCAGUGGCGCACCCGCCUCAAGCCUAGACAAUACACGCUUUAGUGCCUUGGACCUAGAUUUUAGCGUCGAUUUCGUGUCGGACGAAACUACUCCGCCUCCGCUCAAUGACCCAUUGACACCAAUGGAACCCCAACCUGUUCAACUGGAGCACUACUUGCCUCCCACUGCGCCUAUCACCACAAAGCAGAAGAUCUUCAUCAAGAAUGUGGACAUUUUGAAGGCACCCCAGAGAGGCACCUUGCACCUGCGAACCGUUGACGAACUGAAUCUAAUGAAUCGCACCGAAGUAGAGCAUUUGAUCGUGCCUAAUUUGGAACCCAUGGCCAUGACCACGAUGGAACUUCCACCUGUUGAGCAACCGCCUCUGGAGCUGGAUUCCCAGUUAAAGGGGCCACCGCAGACGCUUGCCGAGUUUCAGCCUCCGAUUAGUGGAAGUUGGCCCAGCGAAGACGGUUAUGAUCUGGCAGAGGAUCUUGAGUGCUGGCCCUGGAUAGAGGAGGCUGUACCAGAUGCUGGACUUGGUUUGUCCGCGCCCUGUGAAGUAAACGAGUCUCCGCCAAUCGAGGGUUUGCCUCACGCUGCAGAGGAUCUGCUGGCUAAGGACUUUUCUCAGUUGUACGCCUCUCCUCCGGAGAACACCCAAGUUCCAGUAGAAACACUAGGAGGAGGUGUAACAGUUCCCCCACUAGUGCCGACAACAUCUUAUGGUGGGACCACAUCCGUCGCUCAAAGUGCUCCCCUAUCUAGUUUGCCUGUCCCGCCGCUGGUUCCCUUGGCAGCUGAGGCGACAUCUGCAGCCGAAAAACCUGCACGCAUAUAUGUUGCCAAUAACCUACUUCCCUCUGCUGUGGAUCCACCUCUGCUUGGAGGUGGGACCUCCGUCAGGGGCCGUCCAUAUGGAGCUAAGCACUACGGAGGAACAUCUGCCAAAAGGAAGUCUCCUCAGGGGAUCAACCAAGUACCAGAAAGCGGCAAGUGCCUUGUUGAGGGUUGUAUGUUUCGCUUCAAGUCACCCGCCACUUUGGAGUAUCAUGGCAAGUGCCACAAUGGAGCCCUCAGCUCUAGCCAACCAAUGGUGUGUCCGGAAUGCAAGUCCAGCAACUUUAGUAAUUGGAACUGCCUGCACACGCACCUGUGGCGGACCCACCAGAUCGAUAUGGAGCUCUACUCUUGCCAGUUAUGCAGCUUCAAGACGCCCAUCUACUCGCGCCUGGUGAACACCCACGCGAAGAUCCACUCGGACGAGCGGAACUACAAGUGCGAGCAGUGUGGGAAGGGCUUUAAGAACACAAAGCAACUCAAGAACCACCGUCGACUGCAUCGCACGCAGGGAUUGGGCAUGGGAAAGCUGCCAAUCGAUCGGAACUUCAGCGGAUCAGAAGCCAAUAACAUCGUAAUGCAUCGCUGCGAGGAUUGUGGAGCCGCUUUUAAGCAGAAAAAAACGCUGAAGGAGCAUCUGUGCAAAGAGCGAAACGAGCAGCUGGAGUGUCCAGAGUGCCAGCGCGUUUUUGGAUCCAAGAGCAGUUUGCGACUCCACCUGCGAAGCCACCAAGAGCAUAAGCGCUUCCGCUGCGACACCUGCGAUCACGAGGCCAGCGAUCACAACGCUUUUCGGAGACAUCUAGCCACGCACAAGGAGAAAAAGCGGUAUUCCUGUCCGCACUGUGAUUUCCGGGCCAUCCAGAGCACCGCCUUUCGGAUACACCUUCAGAAGCGCCAUCCCGAACAGGAGCUAUCCGCAAUCAUCUACAAGUGCGACCAGUGCAGCUUCACCAGCAUCAACCAAGGCCUGCUGCAGGUUCACCAGGCCAAGCAUGAAGCCGCAACUCCCAGUCAAACUUCCGCUUCAUCCCCAGCUGUUGUCCCAGUGGCAAAUCAAUCACAAAUCAAGGUGGAGAGCAGUCUGGUGCUGGCGAAUUCCACUGCACACGUUGCCAAAGAGGAGAUCCGGGAUCAGGCGCUUGUCCUGCAGGCUUCCUAGGGACGAUCUUGUCUCCCUUUUGUACAUAUGUUAGGGAAUACUCUUGUAUCGAGUUUUAUACCAAAUUAAUGCCUAUGUUAAGGAUGUACGAGACCACUUCAGAGGAAGAUCAAUCGCGUGCCAAAAUCUUUCUUUUUAUGCUGACAUUCUUUGAAGGAGUCUUUCUAAAAGUUUUUGUUUUCUUUCUUGGAGUACAAGUCUGGACUUUGGAAUCCACUGAAGACACUUGCUUUGACUUUUUGUUUAUUUUUUCUGUAAAUGUUUAAACUUUAGCUUUAAGAAUCGUUUCUUAUGUAUAUAUGUAUAUAAAGGUUAACUGGGACAGGCUUUAUUAAA